AUGUUGAUGGUCUGGCACAAACUGAAGAAGGCGCUCUCACUUAAGCGUAAGGAUAACAAUUCCCAGAAUGCGACACACCAUUCCAAAUCACCUGCUAUUCCUUCGUCGCCGUCCUCCUUGUCUUGUUUACCUAGCCCCACCACACAUUCAUCCAAGGAAACAUGUGUGAUUUGCCUUAGGAGUAUGAAAGCUGAGAAAGGUAAGGCCAUAUUUACUGCUGAAUGCUGCCAUUCUUUUCACUUCAGCUGCAUUGGCGAAAAUGUUAAGCAUGGGAACCUCCUUUGCCCCAUCUGUAGAUGCAAAUGGAAGGAGAUCCCUUUCCAAUUUGCUACUGAUGUUACUAUAGUGCGUCAAAUUCGGGUGCUUCAUCAUGUUAACCGCUCUCGUCCUUUACCAACAGUAUUUCCACCCCCUCCCCAGCACGUCCAAUUUCAGAUGCGGGCUCAAGCAUUAUAG